AUGACUUCAGACGUAACAGCACGACAGCCUUCAAAACAUGGACAAGAUCCUUUUACUUACUCAUGGCCCAUUAGAAGUUUUAAUGAACUUGUGAAUUUCUAUCCGAAUGGAGGAUUUGUCUUGAGCGAACGUUUUUGGUCACCAAGACCACCACUUAACUCUGAGUCAAAUUCUCACAACAACACAUCAUCAACGAAAAAUAAAGAUUGUCCAUACCUGUGGCGAAUCAAGCUAUAUCCGAAUGGAGUAAAUGAUGCGGCGAAAACACAUAUUUCUUUGUAUCUUGUAGCGAUCCCGACACCGUUCGAAAAACAAAAUAACAUUACAUUUCGGGAUAAAAUGUUUCGUCUGGAGACAUUCACAAUGAAAUUCGAAUUUGAUGGACUUGAUGAUUUCGGUCGACAUCGCUUUUGCUCAUUUGAUAAUUUAUUUCCGGGAGGAGAUUCAUCGACAGAUGUUGAUCUGCUGAUACGAGUGAAAAUAUUUAAUAAUGCCACUCCAGCACCUGAAGAACCCGUUGUACCGAUAGAGUCGGAAUUCCCGUCUUUUAAACAGCAUCUUGAUGAUGGACGAUUCAGUGAUGUGGAGUUUACGUUUGAUUGCGGAUUACGGAUUAAAGCUCAUCGAAUAAUACUCGCCACGAGGUCAUCGUAUUUUGAAAAAUUACUUGGUGAUAAAUGGCGAGAAGGACAGAUGAAAACAAUCCCAAUCAAACAUAUGGAAUACAACACAUUCCGUUCAAUACUAUAUUAUUUAUAUACGGGAAAACUCGAAGAUGGACUGGAAUUUGGUGUGCUAAAAGAUGUCUAUUCAAAAGCAGACAUGCUAAAUUUGGAAAAAUUGGAAGAAAUUGUCGCGGACCGAAUUGCAGAUAUGGUUGAUCUUGAUAAUUGGGAUGAAAUAUUAAUGUUGUCAUGGGAAGUUGGUGAUGCACAUCUUAAAGAGGCCGCAUUAAAUUAUGCAGUGUCAAAAUGGACUGAGAUACGGGAAGGAGAUAAUAUGAAAAGAGUUAUGGGAUGUGAUAUUGUUAGACGCGACGGGGAUCGAAUUACCCCCAAAGAGCUACAACAGCACCCACCACUUCCUCCUGUGGGUAGUAGUUCUCAGGCAACAUCAGAAGCAGAAACUAAACCUAAAAAAAGACAACUGGAAGAGGAAGAAGAAAGAGCAACCAUGAAUAUUGAACCUUCGGGAGGUGAAUACUCUUCAGAAACAAAUUCUAAUAAUAGUCCUAUUCGUAGCGGCGUUGAUAUUCGUAAGUUCAAAAAACGAGGAAAUGCAACCGUAAGAACUAUUAAUGAUAUUCUAAAUGUUGAUAGUAAAUCACCACUUCCACGUGAUAAUAACGAACCAGAAACUGCUCGAUUACGAAUAAGAAUGGAAGAUAAUAAAGUAACAAUUACAACAGCUACGACAUCCACAACACCAAUGGGAAUAACAGCAGUCGAUGAAAUAACAUUAUCAUCAUCACGAACUCCAUUGGAUGAAAAAGGAUCAAUACAUACGGCUAAUAUGUUACAUAUGGAUUCGGCUGUGCCUGUUCGUGAAUAUUUAGACAAGACUGUGGUACCAAACUUGUUAGAAGGGAUGAGAAUACUUGUUAUAGAAAGACCCAACAAUCCAUGUGAAUUUCUUGGAAGAUAUUUGAUCGAACAUUGUGAUCAUGAUCAUUCACCAAGUGUCUCUUCAUCUAACAAUCGACGGGGGAGUGGGUCAAGUCUUGAUAUCGGAGGUAGUGAAUAG